CAAUAUAUUGCUUUUACUAUCCUGUUUAUUCCAGUUUAAUAAACAUUUGCAGAGUGCCUAAUGGUGGCCAGAUACUCCUUUAAGUAUACCAAGAAACAAAGUGAAAAAAAAUUUGAGUCUGGAGGUUUUUUAUUGGAACAGGCAGAUAAUAAAGACUUAAAACAUAAAAUAUACAUUGAGCAGUUUAUACAAAGGUAAGUUAUAUUCAAAACGUAUUGCACAGGAUAAGGGAAAUUGGGAAGGAUCAAGAAAAUGGGAGAAUUUUGCAGUUUUAAACAUGCAAGUCGGUGGAGGGAAUGCUGAAAAAACAUUAUUUGAGCAAUACUUGAAGGAAGUGAGAGAACUGCCCAUGCACCUGUGCAUGGAUCUGGAAGAGAGACCAUUUCAGGCAGAGGGAACAGCGAGCAAGAAGGCUUUACAGUGUGAGCAUGAGAGGUAGACAAGGGAACAGCAAGGAGGUUAGUGUGGCUAGAGGAAGUAGGUGAAGUAGUAGUUAAUAAAUGGUAUUAAAGAGAAUACAAGGCAUGUGGUAUGAUUUGUGGGCCAUUGCAAAGGCGUUGGUUUUAACUGAGAAGUGGGCAGCUACUGGAGGUUUUUGAAUAGUGCAGUGAAAUGUUUUGACUUUGAUUUUUAAAGGGUCAUUCUGCUGUGUUACAAACAGACUGAGGAAAGGGGAAGCAAGGCUAGAAGUAGAUUGGUUGAGGCUUUUGCAGUUGUCCAGGCAAGAGAUCAUGGGCUAUUUUGAAAGAAGAGAGAAUCAGGGAAAGGAAGGGUUAAAAGAUGCUUCUUGGGCUUGGGAUUUAGCUCAGAGGCAUUGCAAGCACAGUCGUGAGUUCAAUACCCAGAACCAAAAAAAAAAACCAGAUGCUUCUUGAAUUUUGGGUCUGAACAACUUGGUGAGUGGUGAUUACUUACUGAAAUGAAGGAAACUGAGUAGAAGAAAGGUACAUAUUGUCAGAACAUUUGAGGCUUAAAAAGGUGAGCAGGAGCCAGAUCAUGAAGAAACUUAUAAAUCUGGCAAAGGGGAUUGGACCUUAUCUUAUAAACAACACUAAGGAGCCAUUUGCUUUAAAGCUCUUUCAGAGGUUUUAAGGAGUGGUCAGACAUGCUUAUAGAAACAUUACUCUGGUAGCCAGUGCAGAGGAUAGCACUGGAGCAAGGGAACCAGCAAGGCUCCUGGGAACAUUGCUUGUCAUGAGACUGUGAGGCCUGAAUUAAGGUGGUAACAGCAGAGAUGGACAUAAAUAUAUCAUGAAAUAAAAUGAGUCAGAAUCAAUUACAAAGGAAAUAUUGUAGAGAAAAAAGGAAUGAAAUGAGAUGUUGUCAAGAACCGUGGUCAGCACUGAUAGGCGGCUCCUUGUUCCAGAUGUAUAAGGUAGACCUGUCAUCAGAUCUCAAAGAGGUGGCAGCCAUUGAGGCCAGAAGAAAUCGAGAAAAAGAGCGACACUGCCGAUUCUUCAAUGUGCAAAACCGAGUCAUGGGGGUGGAUAUGGAAGCUUUGAACAAGCAAGUGGAAGAGCGAAAGCUUCAGGAGGCAACUGAACGAAAAAAGGAAGCAGCUUAUGGUACUAAGAGUGUGCAGUAUGAUCUGGUAGUCCAGAUGAUAGAGAAGGAAGAGGCAAAACGAGCACGUCGAGUGGCCAAGAAAAUCCAGGAUUUUCGACAGCAGAAGCAGGAAUUCAAGAAUAGAUGUGCAUUUGAACUUCAGGAUCCAGCCCAAUUCCAAGGGAUUUCAGCCCCAUUGCAGCAAUGUCCAGCCUAUCUCAGUGACAGUGGUCCCUUCUGUGGCCCAGCCAGCAUGCAGUGUUUCUUGGGGGAAGAUCUGGAUAGGGCCUCAGUCCUGAGAAUGCAACAGCAGCAGUUCAGGUAUAACCUGCAAAGGCAGCUGCAAGAGCAACAACAAGUCAGAGCUGAAGAGAAAUAUGCAGAUAUGCUUAGUGGCCAGCUGCACCUAGCUAUGGACAUGCAGGCUGCCCAGAUGGCCAGGCUGGAAGAGUCUUGUCGUGUUGCCAUGAUGUCUGCCAGAGCUAAUGUCAAUAAAGCCCAGGCAGCUAAGCUGGCUGAGCAGCAGCACUGUGAACAUCAGCGCCAACAGGAGGCCAACCUCACAGAUAUACAGAAGCAGAUCUCCAGUAAUCUCCUGACUGAGAACCCCCAGGAUGCUCAGCACCGAGUCCUGCCCUAUUGCUGGAAGGGGAUGACUCCACAACAGCAAGAUGACAUCAGGAAAGCUCAGGAGGCACAAUGUCGUGAGAAGGAGGCACAGCGCCAAGCUGAACAAGCACUGGAUAACAAAUGGGCAAGCCAAACUGUAUGCUUAGCCCAAGCAGCACUCGAGCUAGAGGAACAGGAGAGGGAACUGUGUGCUGAAUUUCAGAGAGGGCUAGGCUCCUUCAACCAUCAGCUGGCCAAAGAUCAACAGGCCCAGCAAAAUUACCUGAAUUCAGUAAUUUACACCAAUCAACCUACAGCCCAGUAUUAUCUGCAGUUCAACACCAGCAGCCGCUGAACCCAGGAUGGUCACCUCUCCCUUCUCUUCUAUUAAUCUCAUAGCCGGAUAGGAGUCAAAAAGAAGAAUGCUGCAAGGCCCCACUUUGAAUUCAUUCCCUAGUGGGACACAGCUAAGCCAAUACCCCUAUCUUAUAUCCAAGGCAAUAAAAUUAUUAAUUAAAGUCUUGUGUAACAAGACACAAAAGCA